AAAUUUCUGUGGUGAUGAGUCAAUGGCUGAGCGCCCAAAGAAGCGAUCAGAUAAUAUUGAAGCCAGGAUGUGGUUGUGGACCAUGUGGUUACAAAACAAUCGCACUGCGCAUCUUCUCACAAUUCAUGUCACAUUGUAAGUCCCAGCUAAACUUUUGUGUCAUGGUCCUUACUUAUCACUCACUGGAGGCUCCAAAGUUCUCCUCAAAGUUGCGGCCUUUAAGAUAUGGCGUAGACAAGAUCGUAGACAGCCGAUACCUCUUCGAGCGAAGCUUGCACAAGUUUUUCUCUCACCACUCAGUUGGAAAGGAGCAAAGCGAGAUAACCAGCAGCGCAGGAGUAUCUGUUACUACCUCAAAUAUCAUGGCAAAGCCGAUGGGAGUGAAUCCAAUCACUCAGUGGCCUCCAGUAACAGGAGACCCUAGAAACGCCAGUGAGCAGCAACAACAGUGCCCAUCGAUCUCCAAGGAGGUACGUCUUGAGGAAGACAGGGCUGGCGCUAGUGUUCCCACAGACGGCUCCAUUCCGGAAUCCCAACCGGAGAGGAAGGAAGAAACCGUGGCUUGGGAGUAUAAGCAGGAAGAGGUCGAUCACAGCGUGUUUGCAGAGCUUCCCUCUGAAAUCCAGCAAGAAUUACAGGGUAGAAUGGGUGUCCAAAGCAACAAGCGAGGAAAGCCGACAACGAUAGCGGGUUUUUUAAGCUCGAAAACGUGAUACAGUGCUAGUCAACGCGCUUGGUCAAUUUAGUCAACGAGCACACUGCUAGAGUCAAUGUGAUCGCGGCGGACGUGUAUACAGUUUAUCUUCCCAUCAAAUUGUUUUCUAGAGUUUAUGCUCCUCCAUGGCCGGGUCACGCAACACUUACUCCUUGAGCGGAAGGAGAUCCUCAAGUGCCUGGCGCAGAUCGGCGUGACCGACCUCUCGGAGGAGAAUCUGGUAAAGCCGUCUAGGGAGAUCAUCUGGCCGCUGUACGAGAAUCUGGUGCAAUACCUUGCGGGAAUCCCCAGGAAUGAGCUCCAAUCAUAUUUCGUUUACGAAACCCGCAACCUCUCUCAACCCUCAAUCCUGACCGGAAGAACGAUUGGAAAAAGCAAUUGCAUGGACCCUAUCGCGGGGAGGAAGUGGAUGCAAAGAGCGUUGCUGCCACCAAACAUGACUGACAGCAGCCCGUUCUUGGCGCCUUGGAUUGCUGCGGCAUCAGGAGCUCUAUGCUGAUUCAGUCGGGACUCUGGCGUCGUUUCGUGCGAUUUCCAAGCUCAUGCAUGCCGUUGGUGUGGAUGAUUUCGGAACCAGGGAUAUUUUCAGGCGGGAGCCGACUAGAACAGUGAUCAACUUUGCGUACUUCGGGUGUGGCGUCUUUCUUCUUUUUUGUUUGAUCACAAAGACUGCUAACUACUUUUGAUUUUGCAUGGAGCGGAGAGGGAACUUCCAGAUACCGAGACGACAGAAUCCAGCAAUUGGAAGAAACCAGGAUACAGCUUCAAAACGCAAUUGCUCAAGACGAGGCGGAGCGAAAGCUGAGGAGCCUCAAGUCCAGAAAUUGCCCGUGGAGGCGAAAGAACUGGAGCAGAAAAUCUACGAUCUCAACAAACAACAAGCCGUGUUGCAAAGCGACAUACGUGGCAUCAAAGAGGAGCUGAAUUGUGGAGUGUUUUUUCUUCUUCUUAAACAGUGAGAUGUUGGUGUGUAUUUAGAUUGUAAGCGAGAAAGCCUCUGUUUCUCAAAUGAAACAAGAAGGGUUCCAGCUGCGGACACAGAUUGUACAAUCUCCCGACAAGCUUCGGAAAAUGCUUGAAGACAGGAGGGCGGCUGUUCAGAAUGCGGAAGCUGAGGUUGAAUCGGCCCGUCAAUCCGUCGAGGAAGCACAAGUACGAGGCAUACACAAAAGCGAAAAGGAAAGUGCAAAAAUGCCUUGAUAUGAUGGACUCGCUGAACAAGCAGGCGGCUCUUCAGAAGAAAAUGGUGAAAGAUUCGAAGGAGAUGAAGGUGAAACUUAAAGAGAAUGAAGAGAAGCAUUCGGUUAUCAGCCAGCACUUUCACAAUCUACUGGAGAAGCUAGAUUCGUCCUUCGACGUCAAGUGCCAGGAGACGGUCAAGGAGCUUGAAGAUUUCAGGUUGCAAAAUGCGCCCCUGAUUGAUCAACUGGAUAAACAGGAAGAGAAAAUCGCGAGAAAGCAAGACGAGGUGGAAAUUAUCACAAGUAACUUAAACGAGGCUCGGUCGAAGAAAGAAGCCGGGCUCAAGGCCUUUCACGACGAAGUGGAGCUGAUACAAAACGAGGUCCUGAGAUACAACGAGGACUCGAUGAGAGUGAUUGAGUCCUCCAGUGGACGUUUCAUACAAUGACUUACCCACAGUAUGACGCGCGGUACCGGCGCACGGAGGCGUUCCAGCUAUGCGUUCACGUUGACUAUUUUGACCGGACGGUUGGAAUGCGCUGACCAAAUGUUUUUAAGCGCCAUUUACAGAAAAUGUUUAAAAAGUAGCUCUAUAGUUGCGAGCCAAAACGAAAAGGAUUCGGUAUGGAGAUUUGUU